AUGUCCGGUAUGACCUCAAUGACUUCCUCCAUGGCCACCUCGCUGCCUAUAAUACCCCCGCGCCAGGCCCCGCCCCGGCCCAAACUCUCCAUCAACACUGAGCAGCCGCGCAUCCUGGGCAAAGGUGCCAGUCUCCGUCUUGAAACCCUCAGUGCCGUCUCGCCCACCGUCCGCAACACCUUCUCCAACGCCUAUGAGCGCCCGGCGACUGCCCCGACACUACAACGCCCCUCACGACCCCAGCUCUCCAUCGAGAGCGACGUGCCCGCCACCAGCGGCUCUACCAGCGCAUCGACGCCAAGUUCAGCGUCUACACUCUCCUCCACGCUCACAUCGGCCUCCAACGACUCGGCCACCCUCUCAAUACCCUACAAGCAACCCCACAACCUCGCCUCCAUCCUCUCCAACAGCCCCGCACGCUCGAUAAUACCACGCAAGAUGGGCUCCAGCCGGCCCAUGUUCCCCGCCGAGAAGCGCGUCUCCUUCCGCACACCACUGGAGGAGGAGAUCACCACCACCAGAUACACCCUCGCACAUUCCGACAUUGAGUCUUCCAUCUCAACCCUCUCCUCGCUCGCGUCCACCGCCUCCACCGACUCUGACGCCUCGACAUCACAGCCGUCACUCAGUCUAAAGGCUCUGAAGAACCCCUCCGAAACCAGCAUAUCGCCCCUCCAGCUCUCCCUCAUCAGCACAUCCUCGUCCGCAGAGAGCUCACCAAGACCAAAGUCGCCCCGCACAGGCGAGAAGCGCGACUCGUCCUCCUCAGACGACGACAGCGACUCAGCUCCCGAAACUCCCGUCGCCGGACGACGGAAGCGGACGCGAGACUGGCGCUGGACACUCGGACCCUUGCCUUCAGACAACAAAUCGUCAGUAUCGUCGGCGAGCGAUGCGACGGUCAGCGAGGACAGCAGUUGA